GGGAGUUAAGAAAUCAUAAUUAGUUUUCUCUAAAAAGGAACAAAAAAAAAAAAGAAAUCAAAGCAAUUUUAUUUAUUGUUUAGAAAAGGAAAAAAAAAUGGUGAUGUAUGAUAAAACAAUCCAUUCCAAUCUCCGCAAAAACCCUAGCUCCAACGAAAAACCACCCAGGCGGAACAGAACACGAAAGCGAAAAAAAGAGAGCAUGGAAAUUGCAGAAGAAAUGGAGAUAGAAGAGAAAACUCCAACUCCUAGUCCAAGCAAUUUCAAGAGAUUUGGGCUAAAAAACUCAAUACAAACCAACUUCGGUGAUGAUUACGUCUUCGAAAUUGUUGCCAAAGACGAUUGGACGUCGAUUGCUGUCUCGCUUUCUACGAAUGCGGUGAAGUUAUACUCGCCGCAGACGGGACAGUACCUUGGUGAAUGCAGUGGUCAUUCUUCAACGAUCAAUAAGAUUUCCUUCGCAGGACCGUCGUCUCCGCACGUUUUAUAUUCCUGUUCGUCCGAUUCUACGAUCAGAGCUUGGGAUUCCAGGUCUUUUCAGCAGGUGGCUUGCAUAAGCGCAGGCCCGUCUGAGGAGGUAUUUAGCUUUUCAUUUGGCGGGGCUGAUGGUAAUCUCAUUGCAGCAGGAUGUAAUUCUCAGAUUCUUGUAUGGGAUUGGAGGACAAUGAAACAGACUGCAUGCUUGGAGGAAUCUCACAUGGAAGACGUUACUCAGGUCCACUUUGUCCCAGGGCAUCAAAACAAGCUUCUUUCUGCUUCUGUUGAUGGAUUAAUGUGUCUGUUUGACACCAGUGGAGAAAUAAAUGAUGAUGACCACAUGGUGUCAGUGUUCAAUGUGGGAACUUCAAUUGGAAAAGUGGGAUUCUGUGGCCAGGCAAAUGAUAAAUUGUGGUGCUUAACGCAUAUUGAAACUUUGAGUGUCUGGGAUUGGAAUGAAUCGAGAACUGAGGCAAACUUUGAUAAUGCACGAGCAUUAGCAUCCGAGAGCUGGACACUAGAUCAAGUUGACUACUUUGUUGACUGUCAUUAUUCACUUGAGGAGGAUCGCCUAUGGGUUAUCGGAGGUACAAAUGCAGGCACCUUUGGGUACUUCCCUGUAACACUUGGAAGCACAAAGACGAUUGGAUCUGCAGAGGCUGUGUUUCAAGGCGGCCAUACAGGUAUUGUGAGGAGCGUGUUGCCCAUGUCCAGCGUGCCUGGCAAAACAAAUAGUCGAGGCAUUUUUGGAUGGACAGGAGGCGAAGACGGUCGCAUGUGUUGCUGGUUAUCUGAUGAAUCUCCGGAGAUGAACCGCUCCUGGGUAUCUAGUACAUUGGUCGAGAAAUCGCAUAAAACCCACAGGAAAAGACAUAGUCCUUACUAAAAGUUGCACUUUUUUCUAAUGUCAAAUGUAUGUGUUGUAAUGUUUUAUGAAUCCUGUUUAUGGGAAGAUUAGGGUGCAACGAAAUGAAUUUUUUUAUUUAUUUUCA